GUGAGCUCUAACAAAAACAUUAAACACCGCCUGCUUCCUUUAGAGGAGAAGGGGAUCCUUUUAAUCUGUUUAGGCUUUUCCGCGCAAACACGCGCUAAAUAAUCACAACGGAUGGAGAAAACGAUGGAGCUGAAAAUGUUGCUGGAGUCAUCUCUGAAGCGGAUCUUUCAGGCGACUGUGACCGACAUCCUGGUCUCGGUGGAGCAGACCCUCUCUGAGUACCAGGGAACAAUCCAGACGAUCCAGACCGAGAACGAAGGCCUGAAGCGGCUGCUGUCUGCACAGAGGAGCGCAGAGUCCCUCCAUGAAGGUCUGCUGUCCUCAGAUGGAUCUAAGGAAGAUGCCCCUGAACAGUUUUCUGGCUCAGUUUGGAACAAUCAUCAUGUUACCUCCACCCACACUAUGUGCAAGGUGUCCAAAUGCAGCUGUGAAAAGACUUGUUUCAGGAAGAAAAAUGAGAGAAAGCAGAUGGAGAGUGCCUCCUCUCCUCCAUGCUCUCUGCAGGCAGAUAAAGUAGAAGAACAGUUGUGUGUGGACAAGUCAAGUGGGAUCUCAGUGCCCGUGAAAACUGAGCCGAGUUUUGAAGAAAGUGGCGCUGGUGACCUCUGCCAGCCACCUCUGAAUCAGACUGUGAAGCUGGUAAAGAAUGAGAGUUCAGAGGUUACUUGUGAUGCAGUCACAGAUGUGCAUCAGCGACGUUCUUCAAGGCCCAAACGUAAAUGUAGAGGGAGUGAACACAGUGUUAAAGUCGCUGUUGUCUCCAAAGGCUACACACAGGAGGGACAUUUUAUCAAGAUUGAGGAACAGGAGGAGGCUGAGGCCCUGCCAGGUAAUGAAGGUGAUCAUUUUUCUCAGCAGGAGGUCAAAAAUCAGGUGGGGCAAAAUUAUUCAACCGUUGUCGCUGAAGAAAAUACCCAAGAACAAGGCAGCAACUCAUUACGCUGUCCUACCUGUUCAAAGACAUUUAGCCAAGCGUCUUCGCUCAAUGCUCACAUCAGAAGUCACAGCACAAGUAAAGCUCAGAUCUGCAAAAUGUGUGGGAAAAGCUUCAGGUGGGCCAGCCAGCUCAUGUACCAUGAGUACACCCACACGGGAGAAAAGCCAUACGCCUGCAACAUCUGCAGCAAGACGUACGCCCAUCCCGGCAACCUCAGGAUGCACAGACGCAUCCACACCGGAGAGAGGCCCUAUGUCUGCUUGUACUGCGGGAAGCGUUUCUACAAGAACAACUCACUUAAGUCCCACCUGCGAACUCACACCGGGUAAAAGCCAUACCCCUACGAGGAGUGCAGUGAAACAUUCAAAUACACAAGAAGCCUUUGGAGGCACGUGAGGAUUUGCACAGGCGAGCUGCCUCAUUGCUGUAAACAGUGCAGGAAGACCUUCAGCCAGGCUGGACAUCUUACGUUCCACAUGCAGAGCCACACUGGAAGAGGCCACAGACGCAAUUCUAGCGAUGCAAAACUCGAGAUUUUUGGCGAUUAAAGCGAAGUCAGAGCAGCACGAAACCUGCGAGGGGUGCGUAGCGACAGUUUUAGGAGCUGAAAAAGUUGAACUAUUGUGUCUUUGUCGCGCUGCGACGACUAAUCAGGAACUGGAUGUGGCUGUGUGACGUGGUGUGAAGGACUGCAGCUCUUUUCAUUUAACAUGGGAAAGAAAACUGAUAACAGCGGUCGGCCUGAGUUGUAUGACUCAACCAAUUAUUACUACCGAGAUGUGUUCAGAAAGAAUGACAGAGCUCAAACCCCUCUUUCAUCUGUUGCCCUAAGGUAAAGGCUAAAUUGGUCUGAUAUUCACAGGAAUUAUACAGGAUUAUUUGAUGAAAUUUUAGUCAUUUAAUAUUUAAUUGCACAAAAUAUUGCUCAGAAUUGCACAUCACCUGUUCGGUGUUAAUUCAAUUCAAUUCAAUUUUAUUUAUAUAGCGCCAAAUCAUGAAACAUGUCAUCUCAAGGCACCCUACAA